AUGUCCGCAUACCAAGAAGAGGCUCUUCAACAUAUCUGGUACGCUCUCAGGAGGUGACAACUCAUUUCUUGAUGGAUCGUCCUCUUUCCGACGAUGACUUCUUUGUCGAUCAAUUAGAGAUGGUUUACUCGAUGGAUUUGUGAUCCUUUAAUCAUGAAUUGUUCAACAAUUUUAGUAAUAAUGCUCUACGAAUCACGUUGACAAGAUUUUUGCCGUUGAUUUAGCGAUUCUAGUUGCUUAAUCCUUCAUUGACAUUUUAGGAAAGUCACGAUAAUUAGAUAAAAAAAUAUGAGUUUUGGCUCUAGGAGGAUUAAAACCCACGCCAAUUUCCCACCCUUUCUGGGGAAGGUGACACGAGUUUAGUCCCACAUCAGUUGUGUGCCAAAACCAUUUUUGGAUGCUGACUUUGUAGCUUCAAAUGGAGGUCGAUCAUGGUCCACCCCGGAUUGAAGAAAACAAGCACCCUGCUACCAUGGUAAAUGUAGCUGUUGAUGCAUCUUGCUCAGCCUUAGGGACUGAGGAGGCCUCCCAGCCUACCCAAGCAGAUUAAAGAUGUUUUAGCCAUCCCCGGAUCCAUCUAAGCAUAACUCGUCUUAGUCAUCCCUGUCCCUUUGUUUCAAAUCUCUCCCCUUGUUCUAUUGAAGUGUUUCGAUAAGUAACCUUUAGGUGUCUGAAGUCUUGGGAGGUCUCUUCGUUCGAGGCACGCGGCUAGCUUUGUUAAACGUAUUCCAGUCUCAUGGGCUGUUCGCGUCUCUCGAGUCUCAGUUGUCAGAGAUGCGGUUCCAAAGUCGCUACUAAGCUAUUUCUUCGGAAAGCUCCUACUAAGAUGGGAAAUUCCCCGAUAGCCCCUUUACGCCCAGUCAUUCCGAAGAACACUUGCCCCCCCCGUCUUACCACGGCUGCUGGCACGGAGUUAGCCAGGGCUUCUUCCUCGAGUCCUAG